AAAAGAACCCCAGGCACACAUGAACAUUCCAUUAGAAGAAAAAACACUACUUCAGUCAGGCCUGUUUCUGUGGGUUGGAUUUUGGGAUAAACGACAUUAAGCCACUACGGGCCAGUUUCCGAUCCGAACGUUUGGCUCGCGGCCCCAACGGCGCCCCCUGUAUCUGUGUGUUUGUGGUGUGUGUUGCCAUUAGACGAGUCAGAACGCGAGAGCGAAGGGGACACCAUGGCUUCUCAACGGCUUUAUCUGAGGUUGGUAGGGCUCACCGCUCUGCUCACAUUGUUGGCCCUCGCAGAUGUUUCCAGUGAGAGCAGCCUUCACAAGAUCCUGAAGAAAAGAGAUGUGGUGGGUGACGGUAGCGCUUCCUCUAAGUACAGGGUGGCUGUUGCUCCCGCCAAGGCCAAAGAGUUCCUGGCCAAGCUACGGCGGCCCAAGAGGAACAUCUGGGACCGCAGCAGGCCAGAUGUGCAGCAGUGGAUCAUGCAGUUCAUGUACAUGGGCUUCGAUGAGACGAGACUGGAGACAGACCUGUCCUACUGGAUGGACCACGCGCGGUCCAACGAUCAGGGUCGCCAGCACCAUUAUGACGAGAACUCUCCCAUUGGACCCAGAGACAGAGGAGCACACCGUCACGGAGCCGACGUCAACUACGACUACUACUAACUCCACAUGCUGUCUCACUCUCUCUCUCAUAGCGUAGAUUAACCUCUCUCUUCCUUCACUACUUCUAACCCCAGCCCCCUCUCUAUUUCCCCCUCAUAUAGUGUGCAACUUCCUUUCUUUCUUUGUAUACAGUUUACUUUCCGUUAAUCAACACCUCGACAAACAUUUUUGGGUGUGCAUCAGCUCAUGCUUUUCACUCGUUUCUAACCCAUCCCUUAGGGCCAAGACAUCCUGUGGCGUGGCACAGGGUUGGAUAACGGGACCUUUGUUAUUCCUAAUCUUUAUCAAUGACCUUGCUGCUGUGUCUUCUACCGUACCUCCCAUUCUCUUUGCUGAGGAUACCAAUUAGAUUUUAUCACACAAUAAUUUUUAUUCACUAAUUAACGAAGCCAACUCAGGCAUGGACAGAUUUUCUGAAUGGUUCCAGAUAAACAAAUGAUCUUUAAAUGUAAAAAAAUCUAACUUUAUUUUGUUCACUAGUAAAAAUAAGAAAUAUGGUUAAAAAAAAGAGCCAGAAUCUCAAUUGGUGGGAAUGAAAUGGAAAAAGUCACAUCCACUAGAUCCUUGUAGUUUUAAUUGAUGAACAGUUGUCCUGGAAAGAUCAUAUUCAGUUGAUGAAAUCUGUUGGUAUCAUCAGAAAGAUUAGUGGUUUGGUUCAUCAGGCUUACUUCCUAACUCUAUACUGUAGCUUAAUUUACCAUAUCUCAUUUACUGUAAUAUUGUCUGGGCCAGCACAUAUGCCUCCUAUCCACACAAAUUACUCAUCAUACAAAAUACAUUUGCAAGACUAGCCUCCUCUAAUUACCUGGCUCCAUCUGCACCUUUGUUUAAGAAACUCAAGAACCUGUCUAUUUACAACAUUAACGUACGCAAAACAUGCACUUUCAUCUACAAAUUCUAAAUCAAAUUCAAUCAAAUGUAUUUAUAAAGCCCUUUUUAUAUCAGCCGAUGUCACAAAGUGCUAUACAGAAACUCAGCCUAAAACCCCAAAUAGCAAGCAAUUCAGAUGUAGAAGCACAGUGGCUAGGAAAAACUCCUUAGAAAGGCAGGAACCUAGGAAGAAACCUAGAGAGGAACCAGGCUCUGAGGGGUGGCCAGUCCUCUUCUAGCUGUGCCGGGUGGAGAUUAUAACAGAACAUGGUCAAGAUGUUCAAAUGUUCAUAGAUGACCAGCAGGGUCAAAUAAUAAUAAUAAUCACAGUGGUUGUAGAGGGUGCAACAGGUCAGCAUCUCAGGAGUAAAUGUCAGUUGGCUUUUCAUAGCCGAUCAUUCAGAGUAUUUCUACCGCACCUGCUGUCUCUAGAGAGUUUAAAACAGCAGGUCUGGGACAGGUAACACGUCCAGUGAACAGGUCAGGGUUCCAUAGCUGCAGGCAGAACAGUUGAAACUGGAGCAGCAGCACGACCAGGUGGACUGGGUCAGCAAGGAGUCAUCAGGCCAGGUAGUCCUGAGGCAUGGUCCUAGGGCUCAGGUCCUCCGGGACGGGAGGUAGAGGGAGAGAGAGAGAAUUAUGGGGAGCAUACUUAAAUUCACACAAGACACCGGAUAAGAAAUACUCCAGACAUAACAGACUGAUCCUAGCCCCCUGACACAAACUAUUGCACCAUAAAUACUGGAGGGUGGUUCAGGAGGGGUUGGGAAACACUGUGGCCCCGUCCGAUGAUACCCCCGGACAGGGCCAACCAGGCAGGAUAUAACCCCACCCACUUUGCCAAAGCACAGCCCCCACAACACUAGAGGGAUAUCUUCAAACCACCAACUCACUACCCUGAGACAAGGCUGAGUAUAGCCCACAAAGAUCUCUCCCACGGCACAAACCCAAGGAGGGCGCCAAACCCGGACAGGAAGAUCACGUCAGUGACUCAACCCACUCAAGAGACACACCCCUCCUAGGGACGGGAUGGAAGAGCACCAGUAAGCCAGGGACUUAACCCCCGUAAUAGGGUUAGAGGCAGAGAAUCCUGGUGGAGAUUAGGGCACCGGCCAGGCAGAGACAGCAAGGGCAGUUCGUUGCUCCAGUGCUUUCCGUUCACCUUCACACCCCUGUGCCAGACUACACUCAGGCUAGCACUGGAGUAAUAUGAUACCUUUUUUUGGUUCUAGUCAUGAUUCUAGCAGCCGUGUUUAGCACUAACUGAAGUUUAUUUUGUGCUUUAUCCGUGUAUCCAGAAAGUAGAGCAUUGCAGUAGUCUAAUCUAGAAGUGACAAAAGCAUGGAUGAACUUUCUGCAUCAUUUUUUGACAAAGUUUCUGAUUUUUGCAAUGUUACGAAGAUGGAAAAAAACUGUCCUUGAUAUAGUCUUGAUACGUUCGUCAAAAGAGAGAUCAGGGUCUAGAGUAACGCCGAGGUCCUUCACGGUUUUAUUUGAGACGACUUUACAACCAUCAAGAUUAAUUGUCAGAUCCAACCGUAAGAUCUCUUAGUUUCUUGGGACCUAGAACAAGCAUCUCUGUUUUGUCGCCAUCCACUUCCUUAUAUCUGAAACACUGGCUUCCAGGGAGGGCAAUUUUGGGGCUUCACCAUGUUUCAUCGAAAUGCACAGCUGUGUAUCGUCCGCAUAGCAGAAAAAGUUAACAUUAUGUUUCCGAAUGACAUCACCAAGAGGUAAAAUAUAAUGUGAAAAGAACAGUGGUCCUAAAUCGGAACCUUGAGGAACACCAGAACUUACAGUUGAUUUGUCAGAGGACAAACCAUCCACAGAGACAAACUGAUAUCUUUCCGACAGUUAAGAUCUAAACCAGGACAGAACUUGUCCAUGUAGAGCAAUUUGGGUUUCCAAUCUCUCCAAAAGAAUUUCAUGAUCGAUGGUGUCAAAAGUAGCACUAAGGUCUAGGAGCACGAGGACAGAUGUAGAGCCUUGGUCUGACGCCAUUAAAAGGUAAUUUAAAUUUAAUCAAAUCAAAUGUUAUGUGUCACAUACACAUGGUUAGCAGAUGUUAAUGCGAGUAGCGAAAUGCUUGUGCUUCUAGUUCUGACAAUGCAGUAAUAACCAACGAGUAAUCUAACCUAACAAUUCCACAACUACUACCGCACCUGCACCUUCACGAGUGUAGUCUCAGUGCAAUGAUGGGGUCUAAAACCAAACUGAAGCAUUUUGUAUACAUUGUACCUUCAGGAAGGCAGUGAGUUGCUGCGCAACAGCUUUUUCUAACAUUUUUGGAAGGAAUACCGCUCGGACAGUUUAUCUAAACCCUUCAAUGGAUUCUUCCAGGUUAAUUACUGAAAUCCAUCUAUAGUCAGGUCCAUAAGUAUUUGCAUCAUUUUGGCUGUGUACACCACCACAAUGGAUUUGAAAGGAAACAGUCAAUAUGUGCUUUAAGUGUAGACUUUCAUCUGUAAUUUAAGGGUUUUGUCAAAAUGAUUGUAUGAACUGUGUAGGAAUUACAUUUUUUUCAUACAUAGCCCCCAAUUUUAUGGGCUCAACAGUAAUUGAACAUAUUAACAUAAUCAUCAAAUAAAUUGUGAGUUUUAAUACUUGGUUCCAAAUCCUUUGCAGUCAAUGACUGCCUGAAGUCUGGAACCCACAGACAUCACCAGAUGCUGGGUUUCUUCCCUGGUGAUGCUCUGCCAGGCCUUUACUACAGCUGUCUUCACUUCCUGCUUGUUCUUGGGGCGUUUUGCCUUCAGCAAGUGAAAUGAAUGCUCAAUUGGAUCCAGGUCAGGUGAUUGACUUGCAGAACAUUCCACUUCUUUGCCUUAAAAAAGUAUUGGGUUGCUUUCGCAGUACGCUUCGGGUCAUUGUCCAUCUGGACUGUGAAGCACCGUCCAAUGAGUUUUGAAGCAUUUGGCUGAAUCUGAGCAGAUAAUAUAGCCCUUAACAAUUCAGAAUUCAUCCUGCUGCUUUUGUCAGCAGUCACAUCAUCAAUAAAUACAAGGGAACAAGUUCCAUUGGCAGCCAUACAUGCCAAUGCAAUAACACUACCUCCACCAUGCUUCACAGAUGAGGUGGUAUGCUUUGGAUCAUGAGCAGUUCCCUCCCUUCUCCACACUCUUCUCUUCCCAUCAUUCUGGUACAAGUUGAUCUUUGUCUCGUCUGUCCAUAGGAUGUUGUUCCAGAACUGUACAGGUGUUUUAGAUGUUUUUUGGCAAACUCUAAUCUGGUCUUGCUGUUUUUGAGGCUUACCAAUGGUUUACAUCUUGUGGGAAACUCUCUGUAUUUACUCUGGUGAAGUCUUCUCUUGAUUGUUGACUUUGACACAGAGACACCUACCUCCUGGAGGGUGUUCUUCAUCUGGUCAACUGUUGUGAAGGGGUUUUUCUUCACCAGGGAAAGAAUUCUUCUGUCAUCCACCACAGUUGUUUUCUGUGGUCUUCCGGGCCUUUUGGUGUUCUGGAGCUCACCAGUGUGUUCUUUCUGUUUCAGAAUGUACCAAAUAGUUGAUUCGGCCACACCUAAUGUUUUUGCUAUCUCUCUGUUGGGUUUGUUUUGAUUUUUCAGCCUAAUGAUGGCUUGUUUCACUGGCAGUGACAGCUCUUUGUACUUCAUAUCGAGGGUUAACAGCAACAGAUUCCAAAUGCACACCUGAAAUCAACUCCAGACCUUUUGUCUGCUUACCUGUAAAUUAACUAACGAGGGAAUAACACACACCCGGCCAUGGAACAGCUGAGCAGACAAUUGUCCAAUUACUUUUGGUCCCUUUAAAAGGGGGGCACAUAUGUGCAGUGCUGUAAUUCCUACACUGUUCACCCUCAAAUUAAAGCUGAAAGUCUGCACUUUCAGCUCAUAUUCAUUAUUUAAUUUCAACUCCAAUAUGUUUAUGGUAGACAGCUAAAAUAAUAACUUGGUCAAUGUCCAAAUAUUUAUGGACCUGACUGUAUAUAACACAAGAAACUGCGAUAACCUUUACCCCCUCCACUGCCCCACCUCACAUAGUCAAUUCUCUGUCAGAUACAGAGGUACCAUACUCUGAAACUUUUAUUUUUACAUUACCAUCUCUCAAUAACUUCAAGUGAAGACUGGGGGUCAGCCUGAUGAACCAAACUACACAGUAAUCUCCAUAUAGGCUAACUCACACAAAUUUAAACAACACACUUUUUUGUGUGUGAUUACUGCACAAAUCAUUUAUAAUUAGUAGGUUUUGUUUUAACCAUUUUUAUUUUUGUACUUAUGUAUUGUAAAACAAAAUGUGGGGGGUGUGGUUUUCAAAUAAACCCUUGGGCUUCCAACACCUGCACACCGUUUAUACUUUUUGUAUUGUUCUCUAUCACUUGUUUAUUUGGUUCAAAUAAAUUCAACUAAACUGUCUCCUCUCUCACACUUCUCCCCAGCCUAAUCUAAUGGCCCCCGGCUCCUGCUCCAGAUCUGGCUUUUCUCUUCCUAUCUCUUUACACCAGCUGUUGAGUUCUGUUUGUAUUGUUUGUUUGUCUAGGAUCUCUAGAGGAUCAGUAUAAAUAAAGACUGACUCAUU